GAGCCCUCUACAGAGACAUCAUGCAGGAGAACUAUGAGAAUGUGAUCUUGUUGGGGUUUCUAGUCUCCAAACCUGAUGUCAUCUCCCAGCUGGAACGAGGGGAAGAGCUGUGGGCUCCAGAUCUCCAGGGCUCAGAGGAAAGUGAGAUCCUGAGAGGCAGCUGCACAGGUAAUGGGAUGCUCACCCUUUCUUGGAGUGAAUUCCAGGGCUGGAUUUACACCUUACGCACUCCUAGGCUCAGCAUCUUCAGCACCCACCCUGCCUGCAGUUGACCUUCAUGUUGCACACAGUUUUAGAGAGGUAAGGCACCCCUAAAAUGCUGGUGCCCCUAGGCAUACUCCUACUGUGCCUAAUUGGAAAUCUGGCCCUGGUGAAUCCCACAGUAUUUUUCAUCAACUCCUUUGUCCUGUGUCAUGGAAGUGUGUGUCCCUCCAACAUGAAUGUCCAUCAGCCCCAGGUGGGGGAACCAGGAGUGACCUCUACCAGGUACGUGGAGGUUAAAUCUAUCUGCGCCUUGACUCCACUAGGUUUUCCAUGGAGUUAGCUAGAUUAAGUUAGUGAUCCUGAUGUAAAACCACAACUAUUUUUUCAGUAAAGAAAAUAGCCCAUGUACAGCAGUCAGGGUAAUGUAGCAAAUUUCCUCACCAUCUGACACAACCUCCAUCACUGCUCCUAGUCUAACCAAAUUAAGAACAUCAUGUUUAUAUUUUUCCUCCCACUUCAAAGCAAUUGUUAGUCACCAGGUUCCCCACUAGGGACAAAUUGUCUCAUUCCCAGUUGUUCUCACAUUACACUGGUUUGUGCUGAAAAGCAGUUGGGUUUUUUUCCAUUUUUCUCAUUUUAAAUAUAUUUAAAUAUAACAAAGACGAUCAGGAAUGAGGGGGAAAAGUGUUUUUUCAACCUCUGUGAUACCUGAAGAAGUGGUGAGUUAGAGGGAGUCCGACCUUCUGAAUUAGCCCAGCAACAUUUCCUUUGUUAGAGCCAUGUAUAAUUUAUCUUCUACACCUCUGCUACUUAAUGUAUCAUAUGAUUCAGGGUUCUCAGCCCUCUGCUUGGGGAUCACACUUUGUUUUCUUUGAUCCCAAAACAGUAAUUUAGGGCCUGAGAUGAAAGUGUCACAGACCUGGAAGGGGAAUUUUAAUGGAUCUCAAACUCAGUGAGAUAAUUUGGAGUUUAAAUCCCAGUUUCCAACUGUUGGAAAAGCCUCUUAGAAUCAUAGAACUGGAAGGGAUCUCGAGAGAUCAUCUAGUCCAGACCCCUGCACUCAAGGCAGGACUAAGUAUUAUCUAGACCAUCCCUGGUGUUUGUCCAACCUGCUCUUAAAA